CUCCAGUGAACACGCGCGCGCUGAAUCCCGGCUUCCUCCCCUGCACAAACUCAUCGCACGCGCUGUGGAAUACCGGCACCGGCGCCCUACCUAGUGCACUAGCGCGCGCCCGACCUAGUGCACUACAUGUGCAGCAGGGAGGAGAUUCAGGACGGAGCCAUAGCCCACUUUUUCCCCACAGUCCACAGUGCGCGUGCUGCAGCUGCGGAAAUGACACAGCACCGACAAAUCCGUCACGUCACGCGCGACCACGGGACCCAGAGACACGGAGAGCCAGGGAUCACGCGUGGAUCAAAUAAUCACGCGCGGACACGCAAAUGGACGCGUGAGGAACCGCACGGCGCCGUGGAGCCGCACAAACCGGGGAAAUGAGCUCGUCGGAGUAUGGCGUUAAAUCGGAUGGACAUGCACUUGAUAAAGAUGUUAAGGUUGAGAAGGACACAGACGACAUUGCAGAGGUUGAGACGAAACAGAAUUCGGAGGACAAGUCUUUGAACUGCUUCACUCAGAGGAUCGCUAAGAGAUCUGCGUCGAACGGCUUCGACGGCCUUUACUCGGAGCAGAACCAGUCCACUGGCAGAAAGAAGUCCAAGGUAACUUUGCAGGUUGGCGAACUUUUCCAAGAUGGCGGCUCAGAGGAAACGCCCAGAUCCCCCCAGGACAAAACCAUAUCAUCAUACAGGAAGCCUUUAUAUGGCAUUUCCCAUCGUAUCACAGAGAAAAAGGCCACAUCCAGCAUGGAUCAGCACGAAUCUGGGGUCCGGGUUAGCCGUAACGGGAUCCUUUUCCCAAAGUUGGACAGCCCGAUUCAUGUGAGGUUUGAUGGGGCGUCAUCGUCCGGAUCCUCUACGUCUCCAGUAUCUUCCGAUUCUCAUCUAUAUCCACUUUUCGAAAAGAUGUUCUUCAUCCUCAACAGUUUGAACUCCAGCAUGUCUCAGCUGCACAGCAAGGUAGACCUUCUUUCCCUAGAAGUGACGCGCAUCAAGAAGCAGAUCAAGCCUUCGGAGAUGGCCAUGGAAUUCCAGCCUCCACCGGAAUACCAGUUGACCAGAGAGGAAUUGGGUCAGUUGAUGGAGCAAACCUCCACGGCUGGUGAACUGGGGUGCAGGCUGCUAGUCCAGCUAUUCCCAGAGCUUUUCACAGCUAAAGAAUGCGCCCACGGUUGCCGAGCUUGUGGCAUCGCCAGCAAAACCGCUCUGGAUUCUUUGCACCUUCAACUCGUACGCAACUACGUGGAGUCCUGCUACCCGCUGGUCAAGAACGGAAACGUUUGGCAGAACGAGUGCCUGCCGCAGAUCAACGACUUUUUUAACCGUUUCUGGGCUCAGAAGGAUAUGGAGAGUGGGCAGGUUUGUGGGAAACGGACUGGGUUUGACGUGGACCAAAACCACGGCUGCCAUUUCAUCAACGAGGACGGACAGGACGAGAGACUGUCGCUGGAUUCCGGAGAGAACCCCGCCAUGAACGGUAGCCACUUCGGCCACGUCAAAUCAGAUCUCGUGUUUGAUUCCCAAGAAAGCGGAGAGAAUCCUGAUGACAUCACGUCAGCCGAGGAGUUUGUCAUAUUCCUUUUGAACAGACUCUUCCCCGAAGUGUUUGAGGAAGGAAGACUUCCCGAGGGUCACAGGACUGUCGGAGAGCUGAUCGUCAAUUCGGACAGACUGGAGAUUAUCCGCAAAUACAUGGAGGCAAAUUUUCCAGAAAUGCCCGAAGACACGUGGCUACAGUUGUGCGUGCAACGAAUGGAGGAAGCUCUUGAGAAUGUUUCUGCCAAUGGUGGUGAUCAGGAAAACCACCCCGAGGAGAUCUACAAUCCCAUUUCCCUCCCUGAUGAUGUCUCAAUUGUGAAAAUCAGUGAUUUUUCCGACUAUGAAAAGUGUAAUCGGAGGUCCAAAAGGUUGUUGCUUGAACCUGUUGACUUCAACAAAAUGGACAUCCCUUGUCCAGAUUUUGAAGUUCCAGAAGAAUACCUACUCACGAAGGAGCAGCUGAGGAGCAUCUACAACAGCAGCUUGUCCAUUGGAAACUUCGCCUCCCGUCUUUUGGUCCUCAUGUUCCCUGAACUGUUCACGCAAGAAAACACUCGCAAGCACUACAACUGCAGCGGCUCACUGGGAAAAAAGCAGCUGGAUCCCAUCCGGAUCAAUCUCAUCCGCCAUUACGUCCAACUGCUCUACCCUAGAGCUAAAAAUGACCGAGUCUGGACCCUCGAGUUUGUAGGGAAGCUUGAUGAAAGAUGCAGGCGUAGAGACACGGAGCAGCGUCGCUCGUACCAGCAACAGCGGAAAAUCUACACCUCGGAUCUGGAUCCCGAUCUCGGAGACUUUGUAACCGCUAGCCAAAUCACCUCGGAUCGUCCGAAAGAGGAUUUCGAAGUGCCCUCGUUGCCACCUGAAAAAAGUAGCAAAGACUUUUGUAAGAUUCCUCUGGAGGAUCUCAAGAUUUCCGCUCCAGACUUCCCAGUGCCUUCGACAUACUUACUCACGGACUCUGAAGUUAGAGAAAUUGUUCAGCAGAGCCUCUCGGUCGGGAAUUUCGCUGCCCGUCUUCUCGUCCGUCUCUUUCCUGAACUCUUUACUCACGAGAACCUAAGGCUUCAGUACAACCAUUCGGGCGCCUGCAACAAGAAACAACUCGACCCUGUGCGACUCCGACUCAUCCGCCAUUAUGUCGAAGCUGUGUAUCCCGCAGAUAAAAUGGAGGAAGUGUGGCACUACGAGUGCGUUCCCAGCAUCGACGAGCGCUGCAGGCGCCCGAAUCGCAAGAAAUGUGACAUCCUGAAAAAGGCCAAGAGAUCGAAUAGCACUGUGUCAUGUUCCUAACGCGGCCGAUAUAUUUGAAGAAAAUUGUAACUUUUGCACAAGCCCAUAAGCGCAAGCUGUAAAGAUCCUUAUCGAGGUCCUCUUAUGUAGGUCCUUGUGUAUAAGAUGUAGCUACAACAACAGUGAAGCUAAUUAAUGAUGACACUAUUGACAGAUUAGUAAUAAUAUUAAUAUGCCAAACUAUUCUAACUUUUAAUAGAUAAGCUAUUGUUGCCUUAGGCUAGCAAAUACAGAAGUGGAAAGAAUUUCUUCUUUAGUUACAAGUCACUUUAGUAAUGGCAGAUAUAUAUAUUGUUUUUAAUUCAUUCUAAUGUUGCAGCACUGGUGUUUUUCUAACUUUAUGUCCUAGCUGCAGUGUACACUAAAAUAUAGAAACAGAUCGAUAACUAUUUUUAAAUAAAAGUUCAUGUUUAAUCAGAAA